AUGUCAUCUUGGUUUGGAUCUUCAAAUUCUACAGUUGAAUUAGAUAAUAAAAUAUCAGAAGCUACUUCAGAAUCUAUACCUAAUGGAGAAAUAGAUUUAGGUUUAUCAUUAGAAAUUACUGAUUUAAUAAGAUCAAAGAAAUAUCAACCAAAACAAUGUAUGAAAGCAUUAAAGAAAAGAGUUUCUUUAAUUUAUUCAAAUCCAAAUUUAUUAACUUCAUCUUUAAAAUUGACUGAUUUAUGUAUUAAAAAUUCUGGUUAUGCUUUCCUUGUUGAAAUUUCGAGUAAAGAAUUUAUUGAUUAUUUAGUUGAUUUUAUAUUCAAAUUACAUUAUAAUACAAAAGACGAAGAAGGAAAUAAAGUCGGAGUUUUAAUAUUAAGCCUUAUCAAAAAUUGGUCUAAAUUAUUUAAAAAUCAAGUACAAUUAAUUUAUGUUGAAAAAAAAUAUAAUGAAUUACGAAAUGAAGGAUAUGAGUUUGAUAGUUUUGAGGAUGAAAUAGCAAAUUUGGAUAUAUCCGACUCAAAAUUUAUUGAUUCUGAGGUUGCUCCAGAUUGGAUUGAUUCAGAUAGUUGUAUGAUUUGUUAUAAUCCUUUUUCAAUGUUAAACCGAAAACAUCAUUGUAGAGCUUGUGGUGGAGUAUAUUGUCAAACCCAUUCAAAUAAUAAUAUUCCAUUGGUGAAUUUGGGUAUUAUGGAACCUGUUAGAGUUUGUGAUACAUGUUUUGCAAAACAAAAAUAUAAUAAAAAGAGUGAAGCUAGAAAAUCUACUACAUCUAGAAGUCAUGUAAAUGUUGAGGAUGAGGAUGAACAAUUAAAAAGAGCAAUUGAAUUGAGUUUAAAAGACUCAGGUAGUAAUAGUGUACCAAAAAGAGAAGUAACACCACCACCUCCCCCACCACAACCAAAACAAGCAAAUGAAGAUGAGGAAGAUGAGGAAAUGAAAGCUGCUUUGGCUGCAAGUUUAAGAGAAUACGAAUCACAAAAGCAACAACAACAACCAGUACAAGAAGAACCUCAAGAUGAAGAAGACUCAGAUGCUUAUAAUAUCAAAUUUCCAAUUUUUAAUCAACAACAAGAUUCGUAUCCUCAGCAGUUCCAACAACAACAGCAACAACAACAACAACAAAAUCCGUUCGAGCAAGAAAGAGUUCAAGAAUCAAUAUCUAGAUUUCAAUCACCUACACAAGUUGAAGAUUUAUCACAAUCAGAAGAAGAGCAAAUUAAUUUAUUUAUCACAUUAAUGAAUAAUGUCAAAUCUGAUCCCAAGAAAUCAGAUGGUAUAAUGUAUGAUAAAAAUUUGAACGAAUUGUACCUUAAGAUUAUAAAAUUAAAACCAAAAUUAAACAAGUCAUUGAAAAAUUCAAUUGAAAAAUAUCAAUCAUUUAUACAAUUAAAUAAUAAAAUGAAUUUAAUUAAUAAUUUAUACAAUAAAUUUUUGGAUAAUACCAUUUUACAACAACAACAAGAAUAUGAUUAUGGAUAUAAUAGCUAUAACUAUAAUAAUAAUGCAAUAAGUCAACAAUCGACAGGUUACCAGCAACUGUCUACUAGUUAUCCACCAAUAAGUCAACAAUCAACUGGGUAUAAAAGACAGGCUGCUAAUCAGUAUCAAAGUAACAGUUACCAACAACAGGAAAUGAGUACCAAUUAUCCAUUAAGUCAACAAUCAACAGGAUAUGAACAAAAUUAUGAAUCUGCUUCUUCACCACAACACAUUGCUAGAUUACCAACUGGUUAUAUUUCUGGUCAAGGUACAGGAUAUCCUAAACAAGAGAAAUUGCAGCAAUUGCAGCAACAACCUACGUAUCCGACAUCAUUGAGUCAACAAUCAACAGGCAUAUCAACAACACAACCAAAUGAAUAUAAUAAUGAUUAUCCUCCAACCUCACAACAACACACUGGAUAUCAAUAUCAAAGCUCCCCACUAAAGCAACAAUCAAAUCCGUAUCCAAUUAACUUACAACCUUCAGAACCAGAUUUCGAAGAUGAAGUGGAAGAACAAAACAAUAAUAAUUAUCAAUCUUCAGAACAAUUAUCAAAUGUUCCAUUUAACAAUCCUGAAAUGGUAAGAAGAGUAAGCUCUACAUUACCUCCCAACGCCGUUGAAAAUGCUUCCUUAAAGUUUCCAACUUUGAAUGAUGUAGAACAAGACUAUGAAAGAAAUAAAAAUAAGCAUUUGAGUGAUUUGCCUCGAUUACCAAACAAUUUACAACAAUUUGAACAUGAUGAACCAGAAAGAAAAGAACCCGAGCCUGAACCAUUAAUAGAUUUAUAA